UGUAUCAACAAGUACAAUUGGAUCAAACACAGGAACAAGUGAAGCAACAUCCAGUGCAUCAACUGGGUCAAACACAGGAUCUGCAGUACCAACAUCCAGUGCAUCAACAGAAUCAAGCCCAGGAAGCACUGUAUCAGUAAGUACAGCAAUUGGAUCAAACACAGGAACAAGUGAAGCAACAUCCAGUGCCCCAGCUGCGUCAAACACAGUAUCAGAUGUAUCAACUUCCAUAACAAAAACAGAACAAAACACAAGUUCACCUGUAUCAACACCCAGUGCUUUAACUGAAUCAAGCACAGGUACAAUGGUAACAACAUCCAUUGCAUCAACAGAAUCAAAUCCAGGAAGCACUGUACCAACAAGUACAACAAUUGGAACAAACACAGGAACAAGUGAAGCAACAUCCAGUGCAUCAACUGGGUCAAACACAGGAUCUGCAGUAACAACAUCCAGUGCAUCAACAGAAUCAAGCCCAGGAAGUACUGUAUCAACAAGUCCAACAAUUGGAUCAAGCACAGGAACACGUGAAGCAACAUCCAGUGCAUCAACUGGGUCAAGCACAGGAUCAGCUGUAUCAACUUCCUUUACAACAACAGAACUAAAUACAGGAUCAGCUAUAUCAACUUCCAUUGCAACAACAGAACUAAACACAGGAUCAGCCAUAUCAACACUGAGUGCCCUAACUGUAUCAAGCACAGGAACAACAGUACCAACAUCCAGUGCAUCAACAGAAUCAAGCUUGGGAAUCACUGUAUCGUCGGGUAUGUCAAUUGGAUCAAGCACAGGAACAGUGGUAACAGCAUCCAGUGCCUCAACGGCAUUAAGCCCACCAAGUGAAGCAACAUCCAGUGCAUCAACAGAAUCAAGCCCAGGAAGCACUGUAUCAGUAAGUACAGCAAUUGGAUCAAACACAGGAUCAAGUGAAGCAACAUCCAGUGCAUCAACUGGGUCAAGCACAGGAUCAGCUGUAUCAACCUCCAUUACAACAACAGAACCAAACACAAGUUCCCCUGUAUCAACACCCAGUGUUUUAACUGGGUCAAGCACAGAUACAGUGGUAACAACAUCCAUUGCACCAACAGAACCAAGCUCCAAAAACGCUGUGUCAUUGAGUACAACAAUUGGAUCAAACACAGGAACAAGUGAAGCAACAUCCAGUGCAUCAACUGGGUCAAACACAGGAUCUGCAUGUUUUAACUGGGUCAAGCACAGGUACAAUGGUAACAACAUCCAGUGCACCAACAGAACCAAGCUCCGAAAACACUGUAUCAUUGAGUACAACAAUUGGAUCAAGCACAGGAACAAGUCAAGCAACAUCCAGUGCAUCAACUGGGUCAAGCACAGGAUCAGCUGUAUCAACUUCCAUUACAACAACAGAACUAAACACAGGAUCAGCCGUAUCAACACCGAGUGCCUUGACUGUAUCGACCACAGGAACAACAGUACCAACAUCCAGUGCCUCAACAGAAUCAAGCUUAGGAAUCACUGUAUCGUCAGGUACGUCAAUUGGAUCAAGCACAGGAACAGUGGUAACAGCAUUCAGUGCCUCAACUGCGUUAAGCACAACAAGUGA